GCGAGCGUGGUUGCCCAACAAGGCGCAUCUCUUCUUCAAAUAUUCCGCUCGGCCUUAAUUCCCGCCGUCCUUCAAAAAUCAACAAAAAAAAAAAAAUAAUCGUUUACUAAUUACCGCGAAAUUUUUUUCCACUCCCCACGUGUCGUGGAAAAAUUAUCUCCCCCCACUUCAAAAUAGUAAAUUUUUUUUCAGGUCAAAAUAAGACCUUUUUUUUGACAAAUUUUAUUUUGAUUUUCUUUUUCAAACCUUAAUUAUUUAAUUCUUUAAUUUGCUGUAUUUUUAAACAAAUUUGUUUUUUUUUGUUUAAAAGAGGCGCAGUAAAUAGUGCAAAAAAUUUUCGAUGAUUUAUGAUGUAGAUUAUUGAAAAAUAAUAAUAAGACAUUUUUCACCGUACAGAGCGACCUUGGAUGUGUUGAAAUUGAAUUUAGGAAGAGGAAAGAAAAAAGAAAAGGUUGUGACCGCAAAACCAGGUAGUAGAUCCAAUUACUUUGUGUGGAACCUUGGGGUCGCGUUUGCUAUUGUUGACAUUGUUCUAAAUAAGGGGGGCACGUGAAUUUCAUCAAGACGAUAUAGGCGUUUCAUUUUUGUGGAAGAGGAUUUAAAGAUAACAACAAAGUCGUUGAAGAAAGUUCGCGAGUGACGUGUUUAAUUUGUGAAAUUCGUGUGGUGCUAUCAAAAAAUUUUUUUUUUAAAUUUAAAUUGCAAUUUUGAACCGAUUUUUUUUUUGUCUUUUAAGUGAUUAUCAAGAAGUGUUUUUACCCUACAAAAGUGACAUUGAAUUUUGUGAAUCUUCAUCGAUCAACUUCAUCAAUAUUUUUCGAGAAUAUUUCGGUGUCAAAAGAUUACUCUAUCAAAAGACGUCAAGAGGAAUUUCUUAUGCCGCGACUCUCUUGGCCACCCUUUGUUAUUGAUUCCCUCGGUGGCCGAGCCCUGAAGCGUCAUCUUCGCUUUACUGGUGCACUCAUCCUCAAAGAUGCUAGAGCUUCGAACUAAUUACCCGGAAGAGGCCUACUCGAAACUUUAGACACCCCACGUCGCCAACACUCGGGGCAAAAUGUCGAUGACUGGCAGUUUGAUGGGUUAUGAAAAUAACAACGAGGUAAAUCAAGCCAAGUGUAAAAAGACACUGAAACCACUUCCUGUGGUGACUAGUGUCAACGCAAGUGGGGUCACAACUGCAACAAGGUCUAGAAAAUCCAGACAAUCACAAAAGAGAGAAUCUUGCACCAAGUUCCAUGUAAACAGCCUCUGGUCUGUUUGGUAUGGAAUUAUAGCUGUUACACUUCAAGCUUACAUUGCCACGAGAUGUGUCAAACGAUUCACAGCUUAUUUAUCACUACCAUGGCCUGUGGAAGCACCUCCGCCAAAAAUGGAAAUUCACGCUUGUCUGGUUUUGGUUGGAACGGGAAUGUUUUUACUUCUUGUAUUGCUGGCAACGGCAGUCUUCAAAGUGGGCAAUCUCGCCAACGAUGGUAUAAAACUUGGUCGACAUUUGAGUGCCUGCUCACGUGAUCCACCCUCGUCGGUUCUCACCAAUAAUCCUGAUACAGGACUGGCAAAUAAUUUAUGGAGACAUGGUGGUCCAACUGCGGCGUUUGUUCAUCUUUGCACGGCCAUGUGUUUUCUUCUACCCUCGUUGCUUAUGGAGGCGAGGCUAAUCCACGCUGGAUUUCUGCCAAAAGAGGCGAUAUGGAGGACGGAUUUGGAUUGGGUGGUAAUUCACCACGAUCGGUUGGUAUUACUUGGCUUUAUGAAUCCACCCAACAAUAUGAGUCAGAUAACACCUCAGCCUUACGUGACAUCGACUCCAUUUCGAAAUUCUGAUGACGAUGAUGAUAAUAAUAAUAAUAAUGAUGACGAUCACGAAAAUAGUUCCCUAACGUCAAAUUUCGACAAUUCAUGGGAUGGAAAUAAGGAAGAAAUCCAAGAAAAUACAAGUACAAAGCAAACAACAUUUUUAUUACCCCAUUGGACAUCGACGUCGAUUGAGGCAAAAAUUAUUAAUUGGACAACUGAUCGUUCAACAUCAUUGUCAUCAUCAACUACAGAAACGAUAGUGAAAAAAAAUGAUGAUACUGAUUCAAAAUUUACUUCUUUUUCUUCAAGUGCUAUGGGAACAACAACGAGAAAACCAACACCGAGAAUUAGUGCAAGAAGUAAUUCAAUGAAAAGUAGAACUAAAAAACAAGGUACAAAAUUGGGGAGACAAUUUCAAGGGGGAAAUAUGACUGGACAUAGUCUUCCAUUAACGCUCAAUAGUUUGGCUGAUUUGGAUCAUCCGGAACAUUUGAAUUUGGAAUUUAAUCCUAACGAUGGAUAUGGAAAUAUUACAAUAACUUUGGAAUAUUUAAAUUACGCAAUGGCUCUUGGCGUUUAUUCAGUGAGAUAUCCAGCCGUCUUUUGGUCAUGCAACAAAGCGCUUGGCACCAUUUUCAGUCUACAGCUAGUUGUGAACUCCGCCCAGAGCUUAUUGGCUUUUACAGGAAUGUCCGUCCUUUACAAGGUUCAGGUGGUCGGACCACUGAAGGUAUUACCUUACCUUCGACAUCGUGCUAUUUCAACUGCCACAACAACAAUUUCCAAACUUUUUGGUCAUUCUUUUUUUCUUUUAAAUCCUCAUGCGACACUUGGAUUAUUUGCAUUAUCAUCUCUUUUGGUACUUUGCUCGAGUAUGGUGAUGUAUCUCUACGCUCACGGAAGAUUUAUGGCGUUUUUAAAUCAAGAACGAGAGCGACGAGUAAUUCUCCUUAAAGAAGGACGCUAUGGAAAUGGCUGGGGAUAUAUAACACAUUGUGCAGCACUUUGUGUAUUUCUUGCUAUUGCAUUUUGUAGCGCACCAUUGCUGGCUGACUAUGUUGUUGUUUAUCGAGGUAGUUUAGAUGGUGCUGUAUUGGUAUGCAUAAUAAGCACUGUUCUUCAUCUCUUUUUGUGGCUAAUAUUGUGGAUAUUUUUGACAAUUAAACAAAAAUGGAUUUUUAAAUUACGCGUCACUGUUGGACGUGCUACUGUUAGAUCAGCGCGUUCUGUUAAAUUAGUAACGGACGUUGAUCUAUUAUCGGCAAGAGACGAUGAGGAUGGUACAACAGCGCCGCUAUUGGUUGUUGGCAAUGGACGAACUUAUACAAUUGCUGAUACAUCGCCGAAAAAGGCAAUUAUGAGUGUUAUACAAAAAGCCGCCAUGGAACGGAAUGCACGAGUUCAAGGAUUAAAUGUCGAUUCAGUGGAUGGUGAAACAGGAGCAGACGGGGAUGAGCAAAUCUAUUGGCUGAGACCAAAAUUGAGGCCCUCACCAACUCAAUCGCCAAGUGAUGGAGUUGUGGCGACAACUGGAGAUAAGAGUUGGCUGAACAAGAAACUCAAGCCAAAAGUCACCUUUAACGACCUGCCUAGUACGUCAGGCUCGCGUAAUAAGGGAAAAGCCAGACGAGGUGUCGCUGAUGGUGGACCCGACGAUGAUGGAGACUACGCAACGUUACGUGAAUUACCAUUAAUGACAUCAUUGGAUCCCGCCGAUGAUUCCACUUCCGAAGAAAAUAAGUGGGGAAGGUGGCUGGUACUUCGUAGGACUGGUAUUCCUAAAUUUACAGAUCACGUGUCUUGGCAGCUUCUGGAGUGUGUUAACGACGACCAAGUGACAUACUAUGCAAGCGGUAACCGCGAUCUACAACCUUCAGAGGGUGAUCCCUCCCCACUACUCACCCCUGACCCUUUGCCUGAUCCUGUUUCGGAGCCACUUCCGCUACCGCCGCCAACUCCGACUUCCGAACCAUCCACCGAAGUCGCCUCAGCGCCCUUAAUUACUAACCCCCAGGUGAACGGAGGACAAACACCACGUUGUCUACGUCGUGCUGAUUCUGGAAUGCCACACGAUGAAUUAACACCGCGUUCCGAUUCAUCAAAUUCACCGCCACUCGACGUUGGUACAAAUUCAACGGGUCACAACAGCAACACAAGCACAAAUAGCGAGACAUCAAGUGGCGUUCACAGUAACGCAAGUAACGCAAGUAACGCAUCAAGUUCACAACGUCGCGCCACAAGUGUCGACGAUCUCACCGGUGAACCACGCGAGGAACCACAAUGGCGAAGUUGUUCCCUACAACGUGGCGUACAACCACCAACAGCAAAUAGCGUUUUUCCCCCACCACCACCGCCUUUAAAUCCUCAUCAUCAUCAUCAUCAUCGACACAAUCAAAAUUUUUCCCCUCAAUAUGUGAAUCACAACUCACUCUACAAUGGAACAUCCAACAGUGAAAUGGUUGUCGCCGGUUGUCCCGCUGUUAUUCUCGAGAAUACAAACGAGUCAACAGUCGUCAUACGUCGACGAUCAUCGCGAACAAAACUCACUGAACCUCUAUUAAAUCACAAUGAAGAGCCAUUUGGUCGUUCCACAAAUAUGCGAAUGACAUCGUUCACUGAAAAUACAGAUUUACGUGCAAUUCAAGCGUCUUCGGCAACAUUGCCACAUUAUCCCACACAGCCAAUGGUGACUUAUCCACAUUGUUCAACAAUGCCAUUGCCACAUGCCUCAUCGCACGGUAUGUCAAAUGGCACCGGUGGAGGUGGCAAUGGUUCAGGUAGUUGUGGAUCUGUUUCACGAAAUAUAAACAAUGGCUUAUCGUCAACAGUGAUGCACAGUAGCAUUCCAUCGCACACAACAUUGCCAUCGCAUCAUAAUGGCGUGAGAUUAAUUCCAGGUGCAUCAAAUCCAUUUGUCAAACGCUUCCCACCUGUUCCUGUGCAUACACAUCAGGGCUGGGCCCUACCUGGACAUCAUACAUUUCCACAGGCAGCCCUUGGCAAUAAUAAUAAUAAUAAAUUAUCAACAACAGCGCAAAUUAGACAAAGCGAUCGCGAUUCAGCUAAUUUCUCAAUGGCAAGCAGUGGCGAUUCUGAUACUUGUUUGCCACAUUAAAUUAUUACCGCAUCACCUUUAACCCUCACGAAAAGAAAUAGGGCUUAAGUUACGUUGAGAGGCUUUUUUUUUGGUGAUGUGAUUCUCUAUAGGCUGACUAAAAUUUGGUUAUACUACUGAAAUUUUUCAGAGUAUUUUGGAAUAUUUUUCGGAUUUUUCUAAAAUUGAUUUUUACCACUGAUUCUAGAUUCACGAAUUUGUCUGACUGAAGCUUGAUUUUACUACUGCGGGAAAAAAAUCUUUAUUUGGAAUAGAGAUGUAUUUCUCUAAAAUAGCUAAAACUUUCGCUGCUUUAGAGAAACUUAUCGCUGUUUCAAGUAAAGAUUUUUUCCCGUGUGUAAAAAGUAAAUUUACUGGAAUUCGCACCGUUUUUACAUAAUAAAAUUAAAGAUUAUGUCUGACUAAUACUAAUUUUUAUCACUGAUACAAAAAUUGUUAAUUUGUCUGAUUAAAACUUGACUUUACUACUGGGAUUUAUUUACAAGAAGUUAUAAGGAUCAGUCUCACUAAAAUUUACUUCUACUACUGACAUUAAUUUUUUAGGAAUGCAGAAAUAUUUUGUCUGACUAAAAUUGGCCCCUACUACUGAAAUUAACUAAAUUUAGAAGAAUUUGCACUUUUUGUCUGACUAAAAUUUACUUCUACUACUUAAUAAUAAAAUUCCAAGAAUUCCAAAACGAUGUGUCUAAGUAAAAUUGAUUUUUGCCACUAAUUCUAAAAUCACAAAUGCAAUUUGUCCGACUAAAACUUGAUUUUACUACUGAGACUAAAUUUACAAGGGAAAUAAUUAUUAAAAUAAUUAUAAUUAAUAAUUUGAAAUAAUUAUGAUUAAUUAUUAAAAUAAUUAUAGUUAAUUAUUAAAAUAAUUAUAGUUAAUUAUUAAAAUAAUUAUAGUUAAUUAUUAAAACCAAUUGUUGUCAAACAAAAUGUAUCUAAAUUCUUGUAAAUUUCGUUAUCAGUAGUAAAAGUAAAUUUUAGUCAGGAAAAUCCUUGUAAAUUCUUUGUAAGUUAAGCCUUAGUAGUAAAAAUCAAUCUUCAGUCAGACAAUUGAAAUUUCAGUAUCAGUAGUUAAUAUCAAUUUUACCUAAACCCUAAAUAAUUGAAUUUUAUAAAAAUUGCA